GAUAUCCAAGGCCGAAAUGCGUAGCAAGUUUGGGGCACGUAUAUGGAAUGUCGACAAGAAGUUUACCCUGUAUUAUGAAAAAAAAAAAAAAACACGUUUAGCAAAGGAAAUCCAUUUAGAUGUAGACGAGCUACUGGAUGGUCUCAUUGAAGGAAUCCCAAAUGCAGUUUUACGCGCGCAGGCCAGGAUACAGUGCUUUGAAGACUCCAGCAAAUUGAUAAGGGCUUUUGCAGAGGCGCGUCUGCCACUGCAACCAUCUACUAGAGGAAAAGAUACAACAGCAGUGGGACCAGGGCUCGAUAAUGCAAUAAAGGAGACGCGUUGCUUCAACUGCAACUAUAAGGGACAUUGGGCAAAAGAUUGUCAGCCCAAGAGGAAGAAGGGUACGUGCUACCACUGCGGCGCUAAGGAUCAUAUGGUGGCACAAUGCACGAAGAGGAAGGAUGAUUUUGGAAACAAUUUCAAUGCCUCAUAGAUUCGGGAAGUCCCAUUUCGUUUAUUAAAAAAUCGUGUUCCAUUUGGAAUAAAACUUGAAGCAACGCA